AUGUCGUUUGGGAAGCCAGUUCUCUAUACGUUCGGACCCUCCGUUUGGGCUGCCGUGCCGGCACUCGCGAUCCCGGAGCUCGGUUAUUCGGAAGACGCCAUCGAGAUCAAGGUAGUCAAUUUAGCCGAGGGACAGAACUUCACUCCAGCUUUCUUGAAGAUUAACCCCCGUGCCACCCUGCCGACGCUGGAGGCGGCGGGCAAAGCCUACACCAGCACGAAGGAGGUUACUGACUACCUCGUAAAACAUGCGCCUGCCGAGGUCGCGAAAGGAACGGACUUGAUCGACAUCGUCCACGAAGACAAGUACGACCCAAACUUCAUUAAGCUCGCCGCGAGGAGCGACGCAGAGCUCGCGGCCAAAGCUGACGGCUUCCCGAAGACUUUUGUCGCCAACCGGCAGAAGGCGCUUCACGAGUACUCCGCGCACCCGGAGGCCUCCGCACACAGUGCCUUCUACGGAGCCAAGAAGCAGGGCAACGGCGGUAUCCUUGCCAUCUACGAGGGCAAGUCGUCCGAAGACACCAAGAACGCGUUUAUUGCGCAGUCGCAGAGGCACUGGGUCAACAUCGCCCGCUUUGUCACGGACGUGCUUCCGGAGCGGCUGCCCGAGAGAGGCUUCGUCGGAGGCGAGAGGCCGGGAGAGGAUGAUUUCCAUGUGGGCGCAUGGCUCGCGCGCGUUGUCGCGACGCUUGGGGGUAGGAAUGACAAGGAUGGAGUUCAGGUCCUAGAGAAGGAGCUCGAUGGGAAGAAGCUGCCGCCCCAAGUCGUGAAUUACUGGGCAUCCUGGAUACAGCGCCCGAGCUGGCAGAAGGUGUACUCUGAGGGUCUGCACUAG